CAAUGUUAUCGGCAGCUCUAACACGUGCACGAGUUUAACAAAUUGGCGAAAUUAUUCCUAAAAUUUCAAAUCUGUCGCAACAGUUUUUGCGUUAUAAAUACACUGGUUUGUGCGGUGGACUGUCACUGCCACUGUUCGAUACUCGCGAGGAUGAGCGACGACACACACAAGUACAGCGACGCCGAAGAGGAUGAGGGGGAGCUGGAAAACUCGGAAUGGGUGCAAGACUUCAAAUCGCUAACCGUGAAACAUGAAACGAAACGCAGCGAAGAGCUGGUCCAACAAGAGGGAGAAGUGGAUCUGGAUUACGACUAUGAUGAAGAGGACGACGACUACGAGCUGGGCGAUGAGUACGAUGCGUAUGAGGAGGCCUACUGCGGCUUCAGCAAGAUAAACACACAGCCACAGAUGACAACGGCUGGUUCAGCUGCUGGUGGAGGUGGAGCGGGAAGCGGUGGAGGCGCUGCGCCACGUGUGAGCAGCUACCAGCCCAACGAAAAGCUGUUGCGGCGCUACUCUGCGCGUAUCAAUGUGGAGAAAUAUGAUCCCACACCGAACAUGAGCGCCCAGGCGGCCAACCGGCUGGUGAACUUUGAUCGCCGACAGGACACGGAGCGAGUGCGCGUGAGGGAUAAGCACGAUCGAGCGACGGCAGAGCAGGUGAUGGAUCCGCGCACACGCAUGAUACUCUUCAAGCUGCUCAAUCGCGGCCUGAUCCAAGAGAUAAACGGAUGCAUAUCGACGGGAAAGGAGGCGAAUGUCUACCAUGCAGUCUCCAAAGAGGGCGCCGACGAGUAUGCCAUCAAAAUUUACAAGACCUCCAUACUGGUGUUCAAGGACCGCGACAAGUACGUGUCCGGCGAGUUCCGGUUCCGGCACGGCUACUGCAAGCACAAUCCCCGCAAGAUGGUCCGCACGUGGGCCGAGAAGGAGAUGCGCAACUAUCUGCGAAUGCGAAACGCUGGCGUGCCCGUACCAGAGCCGAUUCUGCUCCGAUCCCAUGUGCUGGUCAUGCGCUUCUGCGGCCGUGAUGGCUGGCCGGCGCCCAAGCUGAAGGAUGUCGAGCUGAGCACGUCCAAGGCGCGCGAGCUGUACCGGGACUGUGUGGUGAUCAUGUGGCGGAUAUACAAUCAGUGCCGCCUCGUCCACGCCGAUCUCUCAGAGUUCAAUAUUCUGAUGCAGGACGGCCAACUGGUGAUCAUCGAUGUCAGCCAGUCAGUCGAGCACGACCAUCCACAUGCGUUUGACUUUCUGCGCAAGGACUGCACCAAUAUAUCGGAAUUCUUCCGCAAGAAGUCGGUGGCCACCAUGACCGUCAAGGAGCUGUUCGACUUCAUUACCGACCAAACGAUAACAGAGGAGAACAUGGAGCAGUGCCUGGAGAGCAUCUCGGAGAACAUCAAGGACCGCGACUUUGAUGCCAUAACGGCACAGGAGAGGAUCGAUGAGGCCGUCUGGCAAAACACCUACAUUCCGAAGCGCUUGGACGAGGUGCGUCACUUCGAGCGUGAUGUGGCCAAGGCAAAGCAGGGGGUGCAGCAGAAUCUAAUCUAUGGCAAAAUCACUGGCCUCACAUCCGACCUGGAUGUGCAAAAGCAGCCAGACGUUCUGCAGCCCACAGACGAGCCGGAGGAAGUGGGAAGCGACGACCAAAUAAGCGAGAGUGAAGAUGAAGAUGAUUCCCAGGACAACGAUGAUGGCUCCAAGUUCAAGAACUCGGCCCGUCCACGUGACGAAUCGCUGGAGAGUAAAAAGGCGCGCAAGAAAGCUGUGAAGGACGCCAAAGCGGAACAGCGAAAGGUCAAGGUGAAAAAGCACGUCAAGAAACGCAAGGAGAAACUUGGCACUAUGAAAAAAUAGCACGGCCACGGCCACCCACCGAUUUAAAUGAAAUGCGUGCAAUUGUCGUUGAAGGCUACCGACAGAUCGGUAGAUCUCCGUAGUGGAUGGAGUCAAUUUGUGUGUGGGGGGAACUACACUCUUACAUUUUUAUGUGUAAAUAUCAUUGAUAGGCGAAUGUAUGAUGCCUCAUUUAUAAAGUUGCACUUCAGAUCCAAGUCGGAUCCAUUAUAUUUUAUUUGUAAAAUUCGAAUUUAAAUCACUUUUACCACAAACAAAUUGUAUAAACUGUGCAGACGCCUUGCAGCUGUAUUCUUUGUCCAGCCACAAACUGUAAGGUGCAAGACGAGGCUUUAAUCCUAAGUGCUUAGAGCUACAUCAACUUAUGUCUAAAAUUGGUCUUGUCAAGGGUCAAAAUACUCGCACCGCACCGCAAUUUGCACUGGAGACGGAGUCGAAGUACAUGCCCGUCCGUACAUAAUA